CCAUUGCUCCAUUGCUGACGACGAGCGAACCUCCAUCCAAACGCUGUUCGCAACCGAUCCCAGAGAUCAAGGUCCCCAUACAUCCACCACCACCACCACCACCAUCCUCUUCCUCUUCCCUCUCUUGCCUCCUCCUUUUAUUACUCUACUCAUUUAGCUUUUGGUUGGUUGGUUCCCUUCUUGAGACCCCAAAACCCAACUAGGAAGGACAAGGACACAUCCCUCUCCCUCUUCCACCAAGAGAGAUAGAGCCAAGAACCGGACGAGGUAGAAGAGAUUGAGCCGCCACGGCAGUGGGAGCGCGCGCGCGAGUUCCCCGAGAUCCGCGAGAUCUCCGUCGCCGGCUCAUGCCACUGGUCGGUUCUUGGGGCGGCGGCGGCGGCGGCGGGGGGUGGUGAGUCUGUGGCCGUUUCUUGCGGCGUGGUGAGGUGAGGGGAGGGAGAAAGAGAGGCUGCACAUGUCCGUCAUGGCGCGGCCCCGCUUCGAGGAGGAUGACGAGGAUGAGUUCUUUGACUCGAGGGAGGUCAUGUCGCCGGCGUCCGUCUCUUCUCCGGCGAGCUCCGGGCGCUACGACGGGCCCAUGCUCGAGGUGUGGGCCACCGACCCGUGCAGCGUCCAUGAGCGCCGUCAGAGGUUCAUCAAGUCCUUGGGCCUCUCGGAUUCGAGCCCCUCCGCCGGCGGCGGCGGCGACCGGCCCGACGAGGAGCCGUGCUCGAGGUCCAGUGCCGCAGAAGAGAUCCUCCCGUGCAGCCCCACCGUCGAGCUGGUCUCAGCCGUCCCCAGUUUUGCGUGCAGAGGCGAGGAGCCGGGAGCGUCAGGCGGCGGCGGCGGCGCGGAGGUGUUGGAUUGUGUAUUCAAGAACUUGGACGAUGGUACAGUGUUUGUCGUCGACGAGAUGGGAAAAGAUGGGAGUUUCAGGAGCCUCAGGGACAGGCGAUCCAACCGGACAGUUACUGCAGCGGAAUUCGAACGGACCUACGGCUCGUCCCCAUUCAUCUGUGAGCUGAUGCGGCGGGUGGAUGAUUCGGAUGAGUCCUCUGCUGUGGAGAAGGCUCUGGUCAGGGGAAGGAGAAGGAGGAGGAGAUUUGGAUGGCUGCGCAGGCUCGGCAUCCGUGGCUGCGUCGUCGAUGUGGAGGAGGACGAUGAGACGAAUUCAACAUCCUCGAGUUCUUGUCGGAGUUGCUCUGGGAAGGUUGAUAGGGUCAAGGUGAGGCAUUACAAGAAGAGGUCAAAGGAAUUGUCCGCGGUGUACAGGGGCCAAGACAUCAAGGCGCACGAAGGCGCAAUUGUGACCAUGAAGUUUAGCUCUGAUGGACAGUAUCUGGCCACUGGAGGUGAGGAUGGGGUUGUGCGUGUGUGGCGGGUGGUGGAGGGGGAGAGGCCCAAUGAACUUGACUUUGCCGAAGAUGAUCCUUCAUGCGUGUUCUUCACAGUCAAUGAAAACUCCGAAUUGGCCCCUGUCAACUCCAGUGAAGGGAGUAAGAGCAAGCACUACAAGAACUCAAAGGUGUCGACAGAUCCAGCCUGUGUUGUGAUCCCUCAUAGGACCUUUGCAUUAUCCCAGGAGCCUGUGCAUGAAUUCUAUGGACAUGAUGAUGCGAUCUUGGAUCUUUCAUGGUCAAAAAAUAGGGACUUACUUUCUUCAUCCAUGGAUAAAACUGUACGAUUGUGGCAGGUUGGGUGCAAUAGUUGCCUGAAGGUUUUCUCCCAUACUAACUACGUAACAUGUGUGCAGUUUCAUCCUACCAGUGACAAUUAUUUUAUCAGUGGUUGUAUCGACGGAUUGGUUCGCAUUUGGGAUGUUCGUAGAUGCCAAGUCGUGGACUGGGCUGAUACCAAAGAGAUAAUCACUGCAGUUUGUUACCGCCCUGAUGGAAAGGCCGCAGUGGUUGGGACCAUAACAGGGAAUUGUCGCCACUACGAUGCAUCAGAAAAUCACCUGGAGCUGGAAUCUCAAGUCGCUCUCAAUGGAAGAAAGAAAUCUCCACUUAAAAGAAUAAUCGGUUUCCAGUACUGCCCAUCUGAUCCAAAGAAAUUGAUGGUAACAUCUGGCGACUCGCAAGUCCGUAUUCUUGAUGGGCUUCACGUAAUUUCCAACUACAAAGGACUGCGAAGUUCAAGUCAAGUUGCUGCAUCAUUCACACCAGAUGGAGAUCACAUUAUAUCUGCUAGUGAUGAUUCCAGUAUCUACAUGUGGAACUAUGCAAACCAAAUAGCUCCCGUCACAAACCAUGUGAAGACUGUAUGGUCAAAUGAGCACUUUUCCUGCCAUGAUGUGGCCAUUGCGAUACCAUGGAAUGCCUCUCAGACAAGGAAUUCUAUUUCACUGGCUUGCAGUAUCACUUCUUCACAGCAAGAAGUCUUGGAUGAGUUCCACAAUGAACAUGAUAGCUCAUCAUGUUCUCAUACUGAGGAUUCCCCUGAUGGUGAUAGUCUGUACCAAUUACCAUCUGGAAAUUUCACUCUUAGCAGUGCCUUCUUUGCGGAAUCUGCUCCAAGGGGAUCAGCGACAUGGCCAGAGGAGCAGUUGCCAUCAAAUUCGACAACACAGUCUACCUUGAGGAAAUCUCAGUACAAGUUCCUGAAGGCUUCUUGCCAGAAUGCUGCUACGCACGCCUGGGGCCAGGUAAUAGUGGCUGCAGGCUGGGAUGGCUACAUCAGAUCCUUCCAGAACUAUGGCUUACCUGUGCAAGUGUGACAUGGUACUAGACAUGCAUCAUUUACCAUUGAUAGUCCAAGGCAAAAGCUUGGGUAUGCCUUGAGAAGUCUGGCUGGCCCUGACGCCCGUCCUGAUUCAUUAUUUCAGCACAAAGCGUCACAUGGCUGGUGCGUGAGCUGAAUUGCUUGUGGACCAGAAGUUGUAUGUAGUCUGAGUGGUCCUUCAAGAUCUUGACAGCGUCAACACAUCGUAGCAGGCCCGCGGAAGAUGAAUCGCCUCGCAGAAUUAUGCAAAGGCAUGUGGGGAUUUAGGCAGCAACACGUUGGUGUUCUUUCUUUCUUUCUCUUCUUUGUUUUGGCUCCUGUUAGGGCCAUCCGUAAAUAUAUAUAGGAGACAUACAUAUUUUUGCCGAGUUGAAACUUCCCUCGCCCGAACCGGAUAGUCGAUGGACAAUGGGCAAGUGGAGAGCUAGAAAUCACUGUUGGAUAGGGGGGAAAAAUUCAGAGUGGUGGGGGUGCACAUACUACUGGAUUCGUUUCAUUUGUUCACAUUUCAUGAUUCAUAGCCUGGCUGAGUCUAUGAUGGACAUUGAUACUGGAGUUGUAUGUGUUGGGAUGGAUCAUGGAUGGAACCCUGUGGUUGUGGUUGGACAUGGUCAGGUGGGUGUGGCCUGUGGGGGACCUUUGUGCAGGCAGAGGGCAGGCCUUUCUGGAUAGGGAUGGUGCAGUUGGUUCUGAUGGGUUUCCUAACUCCAGGGGCCAGGCCUUUGGGUAUGGGACUAUACUAUCACUCAUUGCUGCUGUUAAUGCCUUUGUUUAAAAGCUGGGUCCAUGUCCAUGCUCAGAUCUUGGCCUUUUAUCUCCUGCUUGCACUGUCACGUCCCUUUUCUUCCAGAUCCCUCCCCAAGUCCUUCCUAUUGAGGUGAUAUUCCCAGGAAGGUGAAAUUGCCAUUACAGGUUUACACUUAUUCUUUGCAGUUUACUGGUCUUGUUUGUUUCAAGAACCAUUGCCCAGCAGUCACAGAAAUAAUCUUAGUACUACCGUCCAUACGAAUCUUUUCAAGGUUUUUUUUAGUACUCUUAUCUCUUUUCAUCAAAGAUCUCUGCAGUAAAACGAUGGCAUCAAAAGUACAGCCAUGGAUGGGACAAGCUCAGCGAUGGCUGGUUCUGCCGUUACAAGUACUCUCCCCCCGUUCCUGUCUGGCCAUCUUGUACUAGUAGCAAUGGGCAUAGCAGCGGAGUACAACUACACUCCUCCAGUAUCGUUGUUCAAAAAAUGCAGGUGCCAGGACGACUGAGAUCCUGACAGGGCUGCCCAGUGGAUGAUGGUGCCCAUGCCAUGCCAUGCUCUGCAGCAGCAAGGUGAUGAAAUGGAAUCAUCAGCCUGGAUGCUGCCUUGCCUCAUUUUAUGCAACAGUGGAUGUUAUUUUUUCGGUGCCAGUCCAGUCUGGUCAAGGAGUAAAGAUCAUCAAGCCAAGCCCCCCUGAGGACAAUGGCUCUCUGGUCCAUCACCUCACCUGCUGUAAUUUCAGAAAUGCACUGCUCAUUCCGUCCAAAAAAACAACUUAGAAGUGGAUAUGACAUCUUCCUUUUAUUUA